UUAAACCUAGGGUUUAAGCCGUUUCGUUCUUCUCUCUUUCUUCUCCGAUCAUCUUCCUCUGCUCAGUAUAGAACACAAGAAGUUAAAAAUGCGAUCUUUAUUAGCUUUCAGAAAAAUCCCACCACCGUUUCUUCUUCGUUGGUUGAUACACAGUAAACCCUUUUGCUCACAGUUUCGAUUUCCCAAAGAAUCCGGCAAUCCAAGCCCACAAGCUAACGGAUCCGCUUCCGACGAGAAUCCACCCACCUCCUCCGUAGUAGUAGAGAAUCUCUCGACUACAAAGCCUGAACAGAAAGACGAAUCGCGUGUAAUCGACGCGCUUCUAGACCGGAGGAACGAUCCGGAAUCAGCUCUUCGGUUCUACAACUGGGCUAGACCUGGAAGUUUCGAAGUCGGUGACUCCUUCUGGUUACUCAUUAACAUUCUCGUUAGCUCUCCCGAGAGCCACGGACGCGCACGUGACUUGCUCCAACGGUACGUGUCUUCAAGCAGUCCGAUGACAAUGCCAAAGGUCUUAGUCACUAACUUGGUAGAAUCAGCGAAGUCGUUUGGGUUUGAAGUAAAGGCGUUGCCUUUUAGUUACUUGUUGAAUGCUUACACCAGAGAGAGGAGGACUGAUUACGCUGUGGAUUGCAUUAAUCUAAUGAUAGAGCUAGGUUUGCCUCCUUACGUUAGAUAUGUCAACAACACUUUAAGCGCUUUAGUGAGAAUGAACUCGAUAAACGAAGCUAAGGAGCUCUAUGGUAAGAUGGUCGCUACUGGUCUUGUUGCUGGUGAUAAAGCCACAGCGCAUUUACUGAUGCGAGCGAGUUUAAGAGAAGAGAAACCCGAGGAGGCUUUGGAGGUUUUUAGUGAAGCUAUCGAGAGAGGAGAGGAGCCUGAUGGUUUGCUUUAUAGCCUUGCUAUCCAAGCUUGCUGCAAGACGGUUAAUUUGGGUAUGGCGUUUGGUUUGUUGAGAGAGAUGAAGGAGAAGAAGAAGCUGUGUGUCUCGCAGGAGACGUAUACUUCUGUGAUAGUGGCUUUGGUGAAGCAAGAUAAGGUGGAGGAGGCGGUUAGGUUGAAGGAUGAGAUGGUGAGCGAGGGGAUACCGAUGAAUGUGAUUGCAGCAACGAGUCUGGUCAAGGGACAUUGCAAGAACGGUGACUUGGGUAGCGCUUUGGAGAUCUUUCGUAAGAUGGAAAGAGAAGGACCGUCUCCGAACCGUGUUACUUUCUCGGUUUUGAUAGAGUGGUUUAGUAAGAACGGGGACAUGGAAAGAGUGCUUGAGUUUUACAAGAAGAUGGAAGCUUUAGGUAUUACUCCUUCCGCCUUUCAAGUCCACUCGGUGAUCCAAGUGUGUUUGAAAGGUCAGAGACCGGAACAUGGAUUGAAACUCUUUGAUGACUACUUCGAAACCGGUACUGCAAACAUCUUCAUUUGUAACAGUAUGUUGUCUUGGCUAUGCAAGCAAGGUAAGAUAGACGAGACUAAAGACUUGUUAAGGAAGAUGGAGAGUAGAGGUCUUGGACCUAAUGUAGUUUCUUACAACAACGUGAUGCUUGCCCUCUGCAGAACGAAGAGGCUGGACUUGGCUCUUACUGUCUUUUCAGAAAUGCUGGAGAAGGAUAUAAAGCCUAACGACUACACUUACUCCACUCUGAUCGACGGGUGUUUCAAGAAUCGUGAUUUUCACAACGCUUGGGAAGUCAUCGCUCAGAUGAACUCUUCCGAUAUCGAAGUCAAUGAGGUCGUGUACCACACGGUUAUCAAUGGUUUAUGCAAAUCUGGUCAGAGUUCUAAAGCGAGAGAUAUGUUGGAAGAUCUGAUGAGAGAGAAGCGGGUUUGUAUCGGUUGCAUGAGUUACAACACCAUCAUCGAUGGAUUUAUCAAAGAGAGUAGAAUGGACUCUGCCGUUGCAGCUUACAGGGAGAUGUGUGGCAAUGGUGUUUCGCCGAACGUGGUGACUUAUACAUGUAUGAUGGAUGGGUUAUGUAAAAACAGUAGAAUGGAUCAAGCGCUGGAGAUGAGGAAGGAGAUGAAGAACAAAGGUCUGAAGCUUGAUGUUCCAGCUUAUGGUGCACUUAUCGAUGGGUUCUGCAAAAAGGGUGAAAUGAAAAGUGCAUCUGCUCUGUUCUCUGAGCUCUUGAAAGAAGGGCUGGAUCCAAACGAAGCUGUUUACAACAGCUUGAUAUCUGGAUUCCGUAAUCUUGGAAACAUGGAAGCAGGGCUUGAUUUGUACAAGAAAAUGUUGAAAGACGGUCUGAGAUGUGAUCUGCGGACGUACACAACGCUGGUCGAUGGGUUGUUGAAAGAAGGAAACUUGAUCAUGGCCUUUGGUUUGUACACAGAGAUGCAGGGGUUGGGUAUUGUGGCUGAUGAGAUCAUGUGUUCGGUUAUCGUAAACGGUCUUAGCAAGAUGGGACAGUUUGUGGAAGUGGUUAAGAUGUUUGAGGAGAUGAAGAAGAAUGAUGUCACUCCAAAUGUGUUUAUCUACAACGCUGUGAUUGCAGGACAUUUUAAAGAAGGAAACCUUGAUGAGGCUUUUAGACUUCAUGAUGAGAUGCUUGACAAGGGUCUUGUACCCGAUGGUGUUACAUUUGAUAUUCUAGUGAGAGGGAAAUAUGGAGAAUCUCAAUGUAUUGGUGUAGAAAGUUUGUAGCUGCAUUAUUGACUUAUUAGUUUAGCUUUGGCUUCUCAAUAAUCUGGCUGUGUUUAUUAAAAGCUUUGGAGGGGUUGCAGGUUAAAGCCGUUAAGUUACAAGAUUAAAUUAGUCUAUUCUUUUGAUCAGCUUUGCUCAUAAGUCAUAAGCAAUGGGUUUGCUUUGUCAUUCUUAUGGCAUAGUUGUGCCUAUGAAGGGUCAAGCUUUGACCUGGGAACUUAUAAUACUGUUGCAUUCCUAGGCUAGUGUUGUGAGUCUUGUGACUGUUGUCUUUCUUCGGAAACUUCUUUCUGAACAAUUUUUUUC